AUCGGCUUCAUUGGUGAAUAUCCUUUAGUCUCAUAGCUGCCAAGCGCACUGGCAGCGUGCCCACCAACAUUUUACUCGCUCGUUGCAUUUCUUGAAUAGCUCUGGGCAGCUCUAGACUGCCCAUUAUAGUUAACGGUUCACAGGCUCUAGACAACUCGGCGGUGUUGCUCAGCGGGACAAGAGCAAUCUGGACGGCUGGGCGCGACGGGGCUGCGGCUUGAAGGAUGCCGCGCUACUACUGUGACUACUGUGAUACAUAUCUCACCCAUGAGUCGGCUGCAGUAAGAAAGCAGCACAACUCUGGAUACAAGCAUAAAGCCAAUGUGCGCAACUACUACAACAACUUCAUCCAGGGCCCCGACGCGGGUCCGGGGACCAUGGGGCCCAUGAGCUCUGCCGUACGGCCUGGCGGCGCCAUGGGCGGCAGUGGCAUGGGGCCCAUGGGCGCGGGACCCAGCGGACCCAUGGGCAUGGGCGUCGGCGGCCCCAUGGGCAUGCGGCCCAUGGGCAUGGGGAUGGGGAUGGGCAUGGGCAUGGGCGGACCCAUGGGCGGAGGGCCCAUGGGAGGAGGCCCCAUGGGCGGCGGCCACAUGGGCAUGGGCGGCCCCAUGGGCAUGCGGCCACAGAUGGGCAUGGGCGGCCCCAUGGGCAUGGGCGGCCACAUGGGCGGUCCGCCAGGCAUGAUGGGCGGCCCCAUGGGCGGGCCAAUGGGUGGCAUGGGCGGCCACAUGCGCGGGCCCGGCGGCUACAUGGGCGGGCCCCCGAUGGGCGGCCCCAUGGGAGGCCCGCACAUGGGUGGCCCGCACAUGGGCGGGCCGCCGCCCGGCCACAUGGGCGGGCCGCCGCCGGGGCACAUGGGCGGUCCACCGCCCGGCGGACCGCUGCCGCCAGGCCACAUGGGCGGGCCGCCGCAGCAGCAGCAGCAGUAACGGCUGCUGUGUGCGGAGGAGUCGGCUGUAGCAUGCGCGGCUGACGGCUGGUGGCGGUGCGUGUUUGCUGGGGGCGAUGACAAUAUUCCAGUGCGUGGAUGGCGGUAUGCGCAGAUUAGGUUUCGGGAGGCGGAUUGGAUGUGGAGCAAAUGAUAAGAGGGACAAAAGGUGUGCAUUCCAGGUCGCUGACAAGAGUGCGGAGCGUGAAGCCCGACGUUGCCGACCUGCUAUUGAGUCAGUGGCAACCUGCCACGGUUGAACGGCGGGCUUCAGUAACAGAUACCGGAUCAAAAGGUGUGAGAAGCAGUUCUGCAUCGACGAGGACUGCGGUUUGCAAGUUCUGCAUCGACGCGGACUGCGGUGCGUGUGAAACAAGGCUGCGUACGAAUCGUGACGUUGCGAUGCCACUCAGCCUUUCAGGUUAUGCAGCACAUUCGGUGAUUUGCAAUGCCGCAAGGACUGCGGGCUGUCGACAUGCCAACACCUUCCAGGGUCAACGGCCGCAGGAGGAGAGCGCUCACGACGUGCUGUUUACAACGGGUGCGACAUGCCCCAUCCAGCCAAAUCUUUGAAAUCUUAGUCGCAGCUGCGCGCAUCAAUCAAAUCCAUGCAUCACAAACUCCACAGCACGGUAGUCAGUUUGAAGCAGUAUGAGCCGCGGCUUCUCGCCUAGCGCCAGUCCUAUCUUACCUACCACUGUCCCAUCACACACCCGCCUGCACCGCCUGGCCGGGCGCCUGGAGCGUGACGAAUGCGCGCGCGUCAGCAAACUUCUAGCCAGCCAGCAACUUGUCGGUGCAGGAACUUCGGCGUUCGACCCAUCGCACACCCGCCUGCACCGCUACAGAGUGUCAGAGUCUGCAAAAAGCUUGGCUACGAUUGGUGUACAGUGGGCCCGCAGGGCACAGACGCACUUUGUGAAUGGCUACGUUGCGCACGGGGCUGCCGAUUGGUAGUUUGCUGGACAACUUCGCUAACAUGCUUAUGGGUGAAUGGAAGGCGGAGAGCAUAUGCGCUUAUCCUUGGACUUUCCCUGAAAGCGGAGGGCACCGUAAUACUGCCGGUGGGCCAGGAGUUAAGAUGUGCCGCUAUACGCGGUGGAUCGGCGUCCCGCAGUUGGAUGCUGCAGUUAAGCAAGGCAUAUUACCGCACAUGAAGGAGUAUGUUACGCACAAGCACCUAAUGGCGCUGAUACGGUUCAACCUAGGAUGUUGGGAUAUCGAGGUUAAUCGCCCCGUGGCGGGGGGGCGGUACCGUCCGCGCAAUGGAAGGGUGUGCAGGCUGUGUCGAGGCGGUGUACAAGAUGAAAGCACGUUAUGCUGGAGUGCCCAAUUUAUGCUAACAUUCGGUUGGCUUCUGGUAUUACAGGUAGCGACACAGACACGCAAAAGUUAGCUGCCCACUUGUACGCAGUUACGACGCUACGGGCACGGACACUAUUGAUCUAGGCCAUUUGCCUGUUUACUUAUCGCGCCCCCAGACUCAAAGGAGUUAGUGGGGCCACAUGGACUCGAACCCUUGUAAAUGCUCAUGCUCAUGCUCAUGCACCGCUAUCGUAACUUGCCACCCCUGCAAUCGUACACUCGGUCCAAUCCGUGGCAGUGUCCAGACUCCACUCACUCUAACCCUCCCGACGGCGCAGGGACGUGACGUCAACUCCGCAACCAACAUCCGGCGCGCGCUGGUGGAGAUGCUGCUGGGUCACAAGUGACCUGCAUCGCUGCAGACUGGCGGCGGCGGCGGCGGCAGCGGCGGUGGCGGCGGCGGCGACGGCAGCGGCAGCAGCAGCGGGGGCGCAUCCGCGCAUCUUGGUAGCGGAGGGUGCGGGAAAGGCCACGUGGAGGAGGAGAGCGCAGCGCCGCCCAAGAAGCGGCGCAAGCGCGCAGGCUGAGGAGCCGGCUGGCGGUGUCUAGGUAGCGGUCCGCGGUGGGGCUGGCAGGGCAUGCGUAGCGGCAUGACAAGUAGUGCGGCUGUUGACAACUGUGCUGUGUCUGGCUGCGGUUGGCUCUGCUGUGGCAUCGUGACUGCUAGAUAGGCACCUGGUUCGGCUAUGUGCCUGUGGAAACCGACCACGGCUAUGUCCGGGCGAUGAGGGUGUUCGGCCUCAGACUGUGGAUGGGCUCACCCGUGACCGGGGAACACUUGUCGCGCGACUACGCACUAAGCCCAAGUGCAAUGCCAGACAGGGGGACGGGCGGCCCUAGGAUCGGUUGGGCAAUGUUCUGGCGGCACACCCAGAGUGUAUGGCGACACCCUGAGUGCUUUGACCACUAGCCCUAGGGGAAGGGAACUUGACCGGAUUGCAGGCUCUUGAGCGGUAUACGGAGUUAUCGAGAUGCGGAACAGGCGGAAGGUUGCGGGGACUUGGGGCUGUAGCUUAGCAGUUGAGUCGGGCAGCUUGAGACGUGAUCCAGGCAGAAGGGAACCAGGGUUGUGGCUUGAGCUGGAGAGCUGGGGCUGUGACUUGGGCUGGUGAACUGGGGAGAGCCGUGCUUAGGGCAAGCAGGCAGCUGCGGGUUUGGAAGCUGAGGAGGCUUGCGGAGAAACAGGUCCACGCAGGACAGAGAGCCAGGGAGGCUCGGGAAUACACAGGGAAAUG